AUGAUUGAGACCAUUAAAAUAGCACAGCAUAAUAUCUGCAAGUGUAGGAUAGCCUCCUUGCAACUCCGAGACUACUGUCAUAGCAAUAAAAUAGACAUCAUUCUUUUACAAGAGCCGCUAAUCCAAAAAGACAGGGUAUAUGCAUUUGAAAGCAGUAAGCAAAUACAUAAAGGCAACCGGGCAGGGGCAGCCAUUGUAGUUCUCAACGAAGAACUUCGCAUAAUCGAGCUGGCACAACAUACGAGUGACCAUGUAGUCGCAAUUAGAGUCAGCAAGCAUGAUGAGGCACAUGCUAUAACAGUAGUGUCGGCAUAUUUUAAGUACAACAUGCCGACACUCUGGUUCGUUGAGAAAUUGCACGCAGUCCUCGAAGAUGAGAGGCGGGUCCUAAUCGGUGCAGAUGUUAAUGCACAUUCCAAAUUAUGGCACAGCACUGACCGUAAUGAAAGAGGCCUGGUAGUGGAAGGUCUAAUUGAAGACCAUGAUUUGGGUAUUGCGAACCGUCCAUCGCAGCUAAGGACAUAUGAUCGUGAAGGAAUGGGAUCGUCAAACAUCGACGUCACCCUCUUCACACCAAGUAUUUCAAACCAAAUCGGUGAAUGGUCAGUACUUGAUAAUACAGACAGUGAUCAUAACACGCUGGUGUAUAAUUUGGAAAUCGGCAGCCAACAACCACCAAGUGAUAGAAACCACACAUUCGUCGUGAGAAAGGCGGACUGGAAUAAAUUCACGCAUAAACUCUUGGAGAAUAAGCCAGAGAUAGAUGAGACCUCAGUACACACCUUUGCUAAAUCUCUGACAUUAGUGAUUCAGAAUGCAGCCAGAGCAUCCAUGCCCUCUGGCAGCAGACAAAAACGCUGUGGUAAGCAACCCUGGUGGAACAAUCAGUUGGACAGUCUGAAAAAAGAAUUGGACAGACAGAGACGCAAUGGAUCAAACGUGACGAAUAAGCCCGAAUAUAACGCGUUACGCAAUAGAUACUUAAAAGAGAUAAGGUCAGCGAAGAUGGCUGCAUGGAGACAUUUCUCAAAUGACAUUAACACUAACGCGUGGGGUAAGGCCUUUAAGUGGGCAAAGAAUGGCUCAAAAAGACCGAGUAUCCCCAGCACUAUGAAAGACAUUAACGGUGUAACCACCAAUAGCUGA